GAGCAUGCGCGGGUGGCUUGGCGCCAAUUGCGGACCGCCAGUCUGAGCGAGCCUCGCGGGUCCCCCAGCGGCGCGCGUUCGCUCUCCCCUCGGCUUCGGGAUGAUCGGCCAGAAGACUCUCUACUCCUUCUUCUCCCCAAGCCCCGCCAGGAAGCGACGUGCCUGCAGCCCUGAGUCGGCGGACCGGGGAACCGGCGUGGCGGCAGUAGCUGAGGAGAGCGGGGAUUCGGUGGCCAGCCCCGCCAAGAAGGCCCGGGCCGGGCAGGAGGAGCCUGGCGUGCCGCCCUUGUCGCCGCUGAGCCCGGAGCAGUUGGUCCGCAUCCAGAGGAACAAGGCCGCGGCCCUGCUCAGACUCGCCGCGCGCAAUGUGCCAGUGGGUUUCGGUGAGAGCUGGAAGAAGCACCUCAGUGGAGAGUUCGGAAAACCGUAUUUUAUAAAGUUAAUGGGAUUUGUUGCAGAAGAAAGAAGACAUUACACUGUUUAUCCACCCCCAGACCAAGUCUUCACAUGGACCCAAAUGUGUGACAUUAGAGAUGUGAAAGUUGUCAUCUUGGGACAGGAUCCAUAUCAUGGACCCAAUCAAGCUCAUGGGCUCUGCUUUAGUGUUCAAAGACCUGUCCCACCUCCACCCAGUUUGGAAAACAUUUAUAAAGAGCUGUCUACAGACAUAGAUGGUUUUGUUCAUCCUGGUCAUGGAGAUUUAUCUGGAUGGGCCAAGCAAGGUGUUCUCCUACUCAACGCUGUCCUCACAGUCCGGGCUCAUCAGGCCAAUUCUCAUAAAGAGAGAGGUUGGGAGCAAUUUACCGAUGCGGUUGUGUCCUGGCUAAAUCAGAAUUCACAUGGCCUUGUCUUCUUGCUCUGGGGUUCCUAUGCUCAGAAGAAGGGCAGUGCCAUCGAUAGGAAGCGCCACCAUGUGCUGCAGACUGCUCAUCCCUCCCCUUUGUCUGUGUACAGAGGGUUCUUUGGAUGUAGACAUUUCUCUAAAGCCAACGAGCUGCUGCAGAAGUCCGGCAAGGAUCCCAUCGACUGGAAGGAUCUUUGACCCCUGACCUGGGGCAAGGGGGUCUUCAGGCAGUUUUCUAGAAACUGUUAUUGAAGUAUUUGUCAGUUACAAAGUUGAAUUGAAAAAAUAAUUUCCCUAGUGAUUCUUAAGUACUCUGUACAAGGGGAAAAAAUUUUGGUAAAGCAGUCAUGAGCCAGCCUGCAUAGAAGUGGCAGCUUUAUCCAGCUGGACACAGCAAAGACUACCCUGUGACCACAUGUCUGCCUUUGCAAACGUGGCUUUGGCUUAGAAUAUGUGUCAAAGUACUUGGAAGAGAGAGAAGGUCUAAUACUCUAGACUCUCCUUUCUGCCGUUACCUUAACGGUUUAAGGGGAAAGAUAAGCACCUUUUUGGUACAGCAAGCUGCUACUUAUUUUUACCUGGUAGGUUAGAUUUUAGGUUAUAAGGUGUUGGGUAUUUUUAUUUGGAAUGCUCCCUUUGCCCAGCCUGGUGGUGUUCCAGUCUUGGCUGGGUUCACUGCCCCUUUGAUCCUUCGCAGAGCCCUCAGGCCCUUCCUUGAAGGAAAUAUGAGGGCAUUUUUUUACAAGUGAACAGAAAUUCAGGAUCAAUUUUCUGAUUGUAGUAGAGGUGAAAAUUCCUAAGGAGCAAUCCUUGUGAAGCUUUGCAGACUGGCAGAGGCUGAGAGAAGUGGGCUGGGCCUUGUUUAUACUGUUCUUCAGGUGUUUCUAGGAUUAAGCCCUGGAAGUUCAACAGGAGGAAGGAGAAAGGGGGAUUUUUUUUUUUUUUUUUUUAAGAGAGGAAAUGCUUUUCUACAUGCAUCCUGAGUUGAAUUUUCAAGGUAGCAUAGUGCCAGAUGCUGUUUUUUUAUGGACUGCAGUUACGCAUAUCUGUUUCUGCAGCACUGGAGAAUUUUGCUCUUUUAAAAAAUACUUAUGCAGGUGUAUAUACGUAUUUUUUUAAAUCCUUUAAGAGACAGUCUUUAUUAGGUCUGUACCUCCAUCCUAAGAUCCUGUUAGAGAUUCUCUUUUGCUGUUAGUGGGGUUUAAGAGUUAACCCUGCUUGAGUUUGGUAAUAAAAGGUUGUUGAACUUUCA